AUGAUUAUUAGUUAAAUAACCAACAAUGAUGAAUUGCAAGAGCCAUUAGAAACAAAUAUGAAUAAAAGUUCAAAAGUGUUAUUGUGGGGAAGAAGAAAUUAGAGACAGAGCUUUGGUAUCGAGAAUCCAAUUUGGAAAUACAAGGCUUUGAAGAUUAUUAUUUUGGUUUCUAGGUUUUUGUUCCUCAUAACACAACAAAUAUUCAGAAAAGACUUAACAAAUAUUUCAAAAUCUGAGUUCAACUUAAUUCAUGAUGCCUCCUCCGAUUAUGACUUUUUCAAGUAUAGAGGUGACCUUCCUAAAGAUAAACCAUCUUAUUUAUUACUGAAACUACAUUCGUGGUUCUCCUGCAUUAUAUGUAAACAACAAAAUACAUUUUUACAAAAAAAUCACAAAAAAUGGCUUUUGAAACCAGAUGAUACAAUCAUGAUAGUUUGGAAUGUGACCAUGAUUGUCAUCGUCACAAUUAAUGUUUUUUAUGUAUCGUUGCGAAUAUCAUUUCCUGAGAUCAGAGAGCUGUCUCUAAUUGGUAAGGAAUUGAUCUUCGAAUAAAUCCCAGUUUAUAUUUUCUUCAUUGACAUUAUAUUGAAACUAAACACUUGCAUAUAUUUUAGAGGAAAUCUAAUCUCAAAUCGGAAAAAGAUUAUAAAGCAUUAUUGUGCUGAAGGUUUAAUAAUUGAUUUGGUCUUAGUGGUGCCUUUUUUUAUUGGUUAAUUACUAAAUUUUAGUUAUUUGGAUUUCGUAAUUGUUUUGAAGGUGUUUCAACUUUCAGGUUUAUUUUCUUCAUUAUUCAAUCGCUUAGAAUUGACUUCGAGACAAACAGCAAUUUUCGAUUUGUUCAAAAUGAUUUCAUUCAUGAUUUUGGUCGCUCACUUCUCCGCAUGCAUAUGGCAUAUUCUUGGAUAAUGGGGAGAAUGGGGUCAUGAAGAUGGAAAGACUUGGAUCAAGUCAUGGUUAGACAGAUAUGUAGUUUCUUUUUAUUGGAGUAUAGUAACUAUGACUACUAUUGGAUAUGGAGAUAUUACUCCUGUGAAUUUGACAGAAAGAAUAUUUGUUAUUUUUAUGACUAUGAUUUCAUCUGCCACUUUUGCAUAUACUGUCAACAAUAUAGGAGGUAUUUUUUAAGAUUUCUCCAAACAAUCUGUCCAACUAAAAAAUAAUAUGAAUCAAUUAAACAGAUUUCUGAGAAGUUAAAAUGUUUCAGAUGAUCUACAAAUCAAAUUCAGAAGAUAUUUUGAAUAUUUGUGGAGUAAACCUUCUUAAAAGGUUAUUCAAUUUGCUGAGUUAAUACCAAAGAGCUUGAAGGAUCAGAUGAUAGUCGAUGUAAAUAUAAAGAUAUUAAAUCAAAUAAGUUUUUUCUAACAAUUUAGUUAACCGCUUUUGAAUAAAUUAUGUAUGAAUUUAGAAGAAAAAUAAAUUUAGUCAAAUGACUAUCUCUUUACAAGAAAUAAGUAAUCAUUAUAGUUGUAUAUACUCGUCUCUGGAGAAAUUAAACUUCAAAUCCAAUUCAAAGAUAAGCCAAAACUACUGUAAAGACUUGAUGCUCCUUCUUUUGUAGGGCAAUUAGACUUUUUUAAUAACCAACCUUAUUCAUAUGAUGCUAUCGCUUCUAAGGCCACUAAAAUUCUUCAUAUUUCUAGAGAAACACUCCACAACAUAUAUAAAGAUUUUCCCUUAGAUUAUGAAAAGUACAAAUAAAUCUCAGAAGACAUUGUUCAACAUAAAUAAUUGUCGCACAUCUCAGUAAUCUGUAAUACUUGUUAAAGUAACACCCAUUUCAUCAAUUCUUGUCCCUUUCUUUUCGGGACACCAAACAGAGCUAAAGCUAUCUAUAAAUAUCGUAAAUUUACUCCAUGCGAUCGAAAGCCUGAUUUCUAAAGACAUAAUCAUUCAAGAAAAAUGUAUGCCUUGAAACAUUAGUUUAUUGUUUUAGAAAGCAUAUUGAAUUAUAUGAUGAAGAAUGAAGAGUUCAUUCACAUCGAAGGCUUUAAAGAAUUGCAAAUGUAGACUCAGCAAUUUUAAAACAAUUAAUUUACUUUCAAUUAAAUACCUAUAGGACUCUCAGUACAUCACUCAAAUAAUUCUGUUCUACCUCCACUUCUUAUCAAUUCUUCAAGUAAAUAAUCCUAAUCUUAAAGAAUAUUAUAAUCUGUAGGAAAUUUGUUGCCUCCUUAAGUUGAAGACUCUCCCAGAACAUUUCGCAAUAAUUAAAUAAUAAACACUACUAACUUGAGAAAUUAUCAUAAACUAUCAAUUAAUCACGGUUCUUAAUCAGAUUUACCAAAGGUUGAGGAUGAAGUUCCAAUAAUUGGAAAGUUUUAGAAAAAAAAUGAUGUUGAAUCAUUAUGUGUAAAUAAUGAUAAUUAAUAGUAACAAUAAUUAUCAUAAUAAUAAUAUCAUAAAUAAUUAAAUCAAUAACAUUAAUAACUAUAAAUAUUACCUUAAAUUUAAAUAAACUAAGUAGGAUUAAGACGAAAAUCAGUUAGAUUAAAACGAGAAGAAAGUUCAGAAGAUGAUAAUGAUGAUUCAGAUCAAAUUAUGGGAUAACAUAUAGAUAUAUUUUAGCAAUUUGAAAGAAUGUAGGAAUUCAACAAUUAUUAUCCUCAUAAUAAUAUUUCCAUAGUAGUUAACAAAUAUCAAGAGAGAAUAUUUGGCUACAUGAGGCAAAUAAAAAAAAGAAAAAGUAGAAAAUAAGAAACCUUAUUACAUCUGCUUAAACAGGCAUAAGGCAAAUAAAGAUUAUGA